CACGCCAAUCGUACUUGACAGAUCUUAUUGAAAAGCGGAGUUAUAAAUCAUGAGUUGACAAGUUGGUUGUGUAAACAGAAAACACCUGAAAUACGUAUAGCAACGGUACUGCGGUGCAAGAUUACUUAACCAGUAUGAUAGACUAACUUAAAUAGCCACGUUCCGAAUUUAAGUCAAAUAGCAAGCAAUAAUGGAAGUGGAACAAAAACGGAUUAAUACCUGACAUUUGAUGCAAGGAAAGUUUGGAAUAUAAGUGCACACGCGUUGUGAAAUGGAGGUGAAUCAUAUCAAGUCUUCCACCUCUCCCAUCAUGGGUAUCUCCGGGAACAUGCAAACGACCGCAAAAAUCAAAGGGAAUAUAAGUUCCUCUCCUGUCCCUAUCAACUACAACAACUGCAGCCCCCACGGAGCUAUCGGCAACAACGGAUGCAGGAGUUCCUCGCCCUACACAGAAACAAGGGGGAGCAAGCCAGAGGACUCCAACAAGACCCAAGCAAGUGGAGUGAACAGCACUGCAGUUACUCCUGCUGCUGCACAAGGUACACCUGUUUCUGCCACCUUGACAGCGAGCAUGAGGCCUUCUAUUGGAGGUGUGACUCCGACGAAACGACAAAACUUGAAGAUCACGAUUCACCCGAAUCAAAGUGGGGAUUCGAGGAACCCCAGUGGAGUAGCUGGUUCAAAUGAAACCAAAGGAGUAGCUGUGCAAGCCCGUCGUGAAGGACCACCUACCAACCAUCUUACUGGUGAAAAAAUACAGCGCGCCGGAAAAAUCAGUCGCAGUAACCGAGCCAACUCUCUGGGUGGUGUUAACUGCUCUGCAAGGAGGCAUACACCGGUGGAGACUGGACAGUUGGACAGCCACCCUGCUAAAGAAGGCAGUAACAGAGUGCCAAGCCUUACUAAGGUGAAUGAUAAACUGUCGCAACGACAGAGCCCAAGAACUCCUGUUGAUUACAGCGCAAGUGACAGAGACUCACCGUUUAAUUCAUACUCCUCCCCAUCCUCAAAUGAGAAUCCUCAUAUGGUAACCUCCGCGAGAGCAAAAGCGAAGGGAAAUUUCACCCAAGACCUUCCCACCACAACGACUGUAUCCCACCCUCACAGAAUGAGCAGAACGUCGUCAAGUAACAGUGUUUCGGACCUCAGUAUGUGCAGCGAAGUGACGGACGAAAACGGUCACGCUGAGUCCUCCACCACCACCACUGUAUCUUCCCUAUCAAGUGAAAUCAGCUCCAGUGGUGUACAGUAUAUGACCAGAACUGAAACCAGUGAAGGCACCACUAUGAACAACGAGCUACGCAUUGAAAACGAGUUGAUAGACUCGCCGUACGACGAUGACACUGCGAUUGUUAACGCAAUUAACGAUUUCACCGAAGCCAGUGGUGACUCGCUAAAAACUAGGGACGGAAUAAUCGAUUCCAAAUCUCGGGAAGAAAGAUUGCAAAACGAUAAAGUUGGACUCAGUUUAGAUGACGUGGAUAACUUCCGCUUUCCUGAUGCAACCACAGUAGCCGGCGAUAUCGGUCCAGACGCCCUGAACCUUUCAGCGGAAGACAUCCAGCAGACUCUAAACUCAGUUUCAGCGGAAACGAACUUAAACCUUGGCAUCUCGCAAGGUGAUUCUGCCAUCUCGUCCACGUUUGGGGAUACCUCCAUGUUGAAUAAUGGAAUACCUUACGGGACAUCAAACGUUAGCGGUGACUUCCAACCCACGGACAUUAGUGCUGUUCUAUCACCCUCGCUAACCACUGUAUCGAUACCUACCUCAUCUACUGCAAGUAUCGUCACAACAGUGGUCUCUUCAUUAAACGAUGUCCUCAGCACCUCUCAAACUGCUUCUUCCACAAUGGUUUCAUCAAGUGUUACAUCAUCAUCAUUUUCAAGUGAGGGUUACCAUAGCAACAGCAGCUCAAUAUUCCAACACCAAUCCACAAAUUCAUCCACCUCCGUAUCGUUCUCACCCUCUGGUCCCAACACUGCAGUAGGAAGGUCACAUCUUCAAGAGAUACUUGGUGAAACCGACACAAACAGGUUGAAGAACAUGGCACGUCCAAUUGAUUCAACCCAGUAUCACGCCACUACAUCUACCUCAUUCAGUUCCAACAUCAUCCAAAAUAACAACACCAAUCCCUACGUCUCUCGUUCGUCAUCGUUAUCCGAUGUCCCACACCCAGAGUUGGGGCCAGGAACCCCGUUACCCAAUUUACCCCCUACCCACCAUCACCGUUUCACCCCUCCUGGAAACUCAAACUUUCAGCGAGCCAUGCACCAACGGAUGCCGAACCCCCCACACCACGGCUUCCCCCCAGGUGCUGGGCCACAUGGCCCCAUGCCGCACGGCUUCGAGCUCAUGAACCAGUACCAUGAACACGGGGGUCCACGGCCUGGGGUUCAUUUUGAGCCCGGCAUGCACCCCGGUGGAGGUUACAAUGUCCCUUCGUCACCCCAAAGCAUGCCUGGUUCUCAGCCAUGGCAGCGGCAAGGGUCAAUGGGUGGUAUGAUGUCGCCCCACACUCCUAUGUCAGCAGGGCCCAUGGGUGAAGGUAACAAAAGCCCCAGGGGACCAGGUAACUUCAACAGUUUUCCCCCAAAAUCCGGCAACCCCAUUUGUGGCUUACAAAGCACGGUCAAUUCUAUACCGGACACCUUUGCGAGUGGACCCCUUGGUUCUAUGACCAAAAACAACAACAAUAACAUGGGUCCGCCCCAUGGGGGUCCAGGUAUUCCUACUCCGAUGGGCAUGGGUGACUUUGGGGGCACACCCCCACCCAUGAGUUGCCGAAACAGCAUGCUCCCGCCCCCUUCUCCAUCAAUCCUGGACAAAAGAUCAAUGAGUGCAGAAGGUAGCAUCGUGGGUAACCCACCAUCCAGAUCAAAAGCUAACAAACGAGAAAGGGGUCAGUCAGCUGAUUCCAAGGACGGAGAUAAAAGAGGAAAAGAGUCUGGGCCAAAACCGAAAAGGCGCAAAAGUAAAUCGAAAGAUGAAAGUAAAAAGAACCAACCUGAUUCUAAAGCAAGGUCAAGUAGUGUCAGUGAUGUUCAGAACUCCAAUCCUUAUCUUUACAUUUUCAACUCUGAAAUGGCGAAUAAUGCAGCCAACAUGGUCACACAACAGAAGGUGCCUUCCAUAAUAUCCUACCAUCAUUCCUUUCAAGGAAACUGUCGUCUCCUGCCAUCAAAAAACACCCCAUCUGGGUUUAACCUGCGUUCCCCCCACCCUACAACAACAACAACAGCAAACGGCGGGGUUAUAAAAACGGAACCUAAAAGCUCCUUCCGUAGCCCCCUACCCAUGUCAGGCUCCCCGAUGGUCUCAAACCAGCGGCCUCCAAAAUCAGACUCCGCAGGCCUUCUUAGUCCAUUAAAUAACCGAAACCAAAAAGCUGAAGAAACAAAGGAUACCCAGCCAACAGCAGCUGUGAAACAAGAGAGCGAGGCUGCACAGGAAGUUACUAACCAACAGUCCCCUAAUUCCCAGGUUAAAAAUGAGGGUGGUGACAAGAAUCUAUCUGAUGAGCAAAUACGCCAUCGCAUGAAAUCGCUCAACAGAAUACAGAACCUCAAGAGCAUGUUGCUUCCUGAUGCAGAACGGAGGGAUUCAGCUGGGGAACAAGCUCAUGUACCAUCGUCAGCUGAGGGACCAAGUUGGGCGACGCAAGCUCCCGGUGCUGUUCGAGGCAACUAUGCGAUGACACGCCACUUGGAAAAGGUGCGGAAAAUGGUUAAGGCUACCCCAAUGAAUGCCAUGGGCCCUCACGUCUCAACCAAAGAGAACAGCGAGUGGUUUAGGCUAGUUCAAGCAUACAAUGAGGAAAAAAGACGAACCCGAAUGAUCCACAGUCACCCUGACAACAUGCCAGGGGACUUACCCCAUGACCCACCACCCCCUUAUAACCCCGGGGGUCCCCAACAACGAUGGAUGGCUCCGGGACACCCGAUCCGUGAACCUGGAAUGCCCCCUAACCAUGAGAUGGUAAACCCCCGUUUCCCCCCACACAUGGGACUAAGGACACCCGUUCGAAUACCCCACGACCGAUUACCGCCGGGCAUGCAUCAGCGCAUGAGGUACAUGGUGCCUAGCGGUGGGCCAGGAGGCCGAAUGCCCAUAUAUACCAACCAACCAUCUGGCAUGGUGGGGCCUCCUAACCCUUCAUCACAACGGUUACCUGGCCCCCACAACCUAAGCAAUGAAGCUUACCCCUUCUCAGCUCAACUAAAAAAACAAGCAGCUCGGAACUGUUCAGGUGGCAUGCGAGGUCCCCAACCCGGCUUUGACAUCCCUAACCCCGGUGACCCAACUAUAGGGGGUCGUUUAAGCUCCCCAGAAUGGUCGCAAUACCCCAACGCAGGAAUACCCCACGGUCCACGGUUAUCGCACAUGGGCGAAAACGUGUCCCCACCCCACGGACACAUGGAGCCCGGUAUGAUGAUGACAGGCCCAGGUCCGUUACCAUCUCAACCCAUGGAGCCCGGGAUCGAUUCCCGGCUCUCCCACAUUGACUCACCCAUGAGUAUGAGGAUGAAUAACCCCUCAAUGUGUCUUCCUUACAAUUUCACCGGAAAAGGUCCGGGGCCGUUACCCAACUACCCCGAAACGUCAAUCCCGAACAUUGGCCCCAAUAACCUGGGUCCGGCCUUCCCCUCCCCCGACAUGCAACCCCCUGGGGGCCACAUGAGCAUAGCACAGGAUAUAUCCAACCCCAGUAGUAGGAUGAUGGACACGAUGGCAAGAAGGGGUGAACCUCGUCCCCCUGACUUGAUCAUUAACCCAAUAAGAUCACCCCUCCCAUACCAGCAAGCAGGUCGUCAUCCCGCCCCCUCCCCCAGCAUGGUCCCCAACCCUGCCAUGGGUGGUGGCCCCCAGUUUAUACAGGGUGACAUGACCCCGGGUAUGCUGCCCCAGGCUUCACCCCACCACUCCUUACCUCGCUCACCCACAAUGAUGAAUUCACCCGGCAUGAUGAAGUCACCCAUGACGGGGGGAAUACCCAACCAAGGUCCAUAUAUGGGCAUGGGGCCACAGGUACCCAUGCAACAGAUGACCAUGGAGAGGGGUAUGAUGCAGGGUGGUCCACCAUCUAGCGUCCAUGGGGUACCACCACAAGAUUGGAACUCGAUUCCUCCUUCAUCAUUACCUCCCCAGCACCCACCUUCAAGCAUUACCAUAGCAAGCUCGAAUCACGGCGUUGGAUCAUCUGCACUCACGGUGAUGAUUAAUCAUAUGAAUACAAUCCAAAUGCCCACACAUUGCCCUCUCUACCAGGACGCGGUGAAAGAUACUUCAAGCCCCCCUCCUUUGUCUCACAUGAAUGGAGGUCCUAUGAUGAGCCAAGAGCCCCCACCUCUGUCCCACAACCCCAACAGCAUGGAGCCUACCAUGCCGCUCAACCAUGGUGGUAAUGGUAUGAUGGUGCGUGGUAUGGUACACCAAGGCAUGCCUGGUGGUCCGCCGAGCUACGACCCCGGAAUGCAGGGUCCUAGAACCUCAGGGCCCCGAAUGUUGGGGCCAAUGGAUGCAUUUCCGGGCGAAUACACUCGCUCACCCUCCCAACCUGGGAUGCCGAUGUCUCCCUCCAUGCAAGGUCCUCCUCAAGGGAUGAUGCAGUCCGGGAUGAUGGAGAUGCAUGGUCCUCCAUCAGGGUACAUGAUGCAUGGUAUGAUGGGGGGUGGGGGCCAGCCCCCAAAUCACCAUGGCAACGGCCAGGGCCUUCCGCCAAUGUCAGGAAAACAGUUUCCACCGUUCGACCUUACAGGAAUCAUUCCGACAGAAAAACCGUCGCAAACUCUGAACUACUUUCCUGGUGGUGGUAACUCUGCGCAGGAAAACCAAAUGGAAAUGCCCAACAAUCCACAAAUGUUACUGAGAAUUCACUUACUUAUUCAUAUUCAUAUUUCAGGUACCCAAACAUGAACUCUGGUCCUCGGCCCAUGACCCCCGGUUCUCACCCCUACAUGGCGGGUCACCCCCAGGUAAGACCUGGGGCCCCUUCCAAUUACAUGGGUUCGAACCCACCCAGUUAUAAUGGGCCGGGGGGUGAGGGGUACAUGUCACCUACGUGGGAAGGGGGUAUGAUGCCCCCGCAAAUGAUGUCUAUGGGGGGUAACCCUGGAAAUCAUCACCCAGGUUACCCAGGGGGCAGGCCCCUUAUUUAACCCCGUCAGUAUAAAAUCACCCACGGUCGUGCUAUUGCUCUUUACAUCAUUACAUACUUCUACAACUCCCACUGUUCAGCAAUGAAAUCAAUUAUUCAUCAUGAAAGCUGGCUUUUUAUACACCAACAAAUCCCUUUUACCAUUUCUACAUCUAAAUCAUCAGAGCAAGUCACUUUCGGUGCUCUUUACUUCCCUCUUGCACUAACACUGAACUUUAGUAACUGUUAGGUGCACAACACUUCUACAUCAAACGUAGAGAAUUUAUUCCUUUUUUCGUUUCAUCUUUUUGAUGUAAAUAGCGCAUUGAAAAUCUGCUCCAAUAAACUCUUGACGUUACUUCUUUACUUUAUACUUAGAUAUGUAGUUGAACAAUGAAAUUUUCCAAUUUACAGUGCUAUGUGAAUUUUUAAUCAUCUUUUCCCAUUCUCUCUCGUUACUUUCUGCGCUCUUUGCCGAACUAGUUACCAGCUUUUUGCCCGUCGUUGACCGUUUUCCUGUUUUUCCUUUGUACUCCCCCAAGAUUUUUGUACAACGGUUACCCAUAGUUACUUUUUUAUCUACUGUACAUACUUUUGCUUGACAACAGCACAAGACUUUGUUAUUUUUAUCGUGUGGCGCCCCACUUGAUCAAGAGAGUUUCAUAGCCUAAUGCGAGAUGCUAUUCAAAAACCUUUACUGUUUAUGGACUUUUGUGUUUUAGCUUUGUUGCAAACGGCCCUUAACAAAUGCAGCCACUGUCCUACUUAAUGUAGUUACACAAACAUUUUAACAAAACGAUUCCCAGGUUGAGUUGACAUGGUUAGAGCAUCGUUUCUGCUCUUGUUGAUUUUUUUGCGGGAGAAUUUGCUCUCCAGCCCUUGUUAUUAUUAUGACAGAGUAGUGUUGUGUAAAAGAGUAAAUGGCACUUACAGUGCACGUGUAUCUCGGCUGUUCCUGUUGCAUUUGGUCGCUGGAAUAUUGUCGAAAAUAUAAAUUGCGUGAGCAAACACAACAA